GCAUGCCCAAAUGCGGCUAGCGCACCUGCUCUGCGUUUACGUGCAUCAUCGCCAACACGUCUUUACCUUAAGAGACGCGUUUAAACUCUACUUUCUCGAGCAGAAAUGCAGCAUUGAGUUGUCUGCCAAUAACUAUCAAGAGCGUCCAACCGCAAUUUCAGCAUAAGAAGUCGCGACAACAUCUCGGGAUCGCCAUCACUGUUUCACCUCCGAUGGACGCAAGACAGCUGUCUGCUCUCGAGCAGAUACGUACCUUCGGACUCUCUACCUCACUCGCUCAUGCCUUGUUACCACCUUGCAUCGCCAUUCCCUUACAACCUUUCCGCUUCUUGGACUUGCCAAAAGAUCUGCGCCUUAUGGUGUACGAACAGCUGCCGCUUUCCACGAUGUCAAAGACUUUCCACGUCACUACAGUUGGUGAGGAAGGUGAACGCGCCAGUCUUACGCUGACCCGUACCGCACUUCCCGUAGCACUGUUGGCCGUCUCGAAGCUGACACACCAGGAAGCACUGCCCUUUUUCAAGGACUUGACAGACCGCAUCGCACCUGAGAUUAAAUAUCGUUUUCCGAGCUUUCCCGGAGACGGAUGGCUGACUGCACCUGCUCAUCUGAUCCAGCUGUUGAUUUGCAUUCGCACUGUCAACGAUCAUGGCAUUCGAAACCCACUUGGCUUUCACAAGAUCAUUGAUAAGUCGGCCUAUUGAACUUUCAUGGCAUUACUAACUGUCUCUCACAGAAUCUUCAACUGUUCUACGAAGGAAAUGUCUUUGGUGGAUUAGCGCACGUGCCAGACAUUUGCGACUUCUGUGUCUUUGCAGCCCGUUAUCUUGUGAAGACGGGUUGCCAUGCAAAGUUAUGGAUUCACUGGCCAGGUGCAACGUCGGGAA